AAAAAAAAAAAAAUAAUAAUAAUAAUUUUCAAUAUGAAGCUUACGGGACUUAUUGCUGUUGCCACUUUCAUUGCUGGUGCUGUCGCACAAACUAACUUCGAUCUGUCUACACUUAAUGGCACAUGGCACGCUGUUGGAUUACAAAUCGGAUUGUAUAAGAAGAUGUUUGCGGUUACAAAGAUUUAUGGCGUCGACGUUAACUGUCCAAGAAUUUUGAUUGCUGGUCACUCCACUAACGCAUCCUACAUCGAGCCUGCUGUACAGAUCGGAAUACAUAAUAAUACCAGCUCGUCAGUCGAGAAAUACGAUGUGAGUGCCAGCGGUGUUGCUACGCUUGCUAAUGUCAGUGAUCCCACGACUGCCAGCUUCAGCGCUCAACUCUCCAUCCCCUCUGCUGCCAAGGGUAAGAUUGCCAAUCAUGUUCAUAUGCUUGAUGCUGCUUUCUCCGGUGGUAGUGCGGAAAAUCCUCUCCCUCAUGGUCCUGAUUAUCAAGCUACUGUGAACAUCAGGCUUGUUUCUUCAAAAAAUGACGGUAAUAAUGAUGCUAUGCUGCUUUCACUGUCAGAUAUUAGUAAAACUCAACAACAACAACAACAACAACAACAAUUGGUGCGUCGUGACAGAAGAUAUCAAGCCCUGCUUGUCAAAGAUAGGAACACUUUAGACGAACAAAGCCUUAAUACCAUUACCACCAAUCACCCUGAAGCUUCAGGUCUAGUAUUAGUCAACAUGUGUUCUCAAUAAUUGAAAAUUGACAUCUAGAACUAGAAUUAAGUAUGUUGUCCAACUACUGCAAGUCUUUUGCGCAUUCAAUAUCCAAAUGUAAAUUGUAUCUCUGUAGUUUUUUUUUUUUUUUUUUUCUUCCUUUU